AUGGACCGUCAACCCAACAGUCCUCAACCUCCCAAACGAGUCAUGUCUACUCUAGUAUUAUCUCGUCCAACAAGUACAAUGCCAAUGACUUAUUCCAGACCUAGUGUCGCUCUCCCUUCAACUUCUCCUACUGCUCCUCAUCAAAGAGAUUCACUGAUGCACUCCAUCAACGAAGACCACCUGGUCUCUCCCAGUAAAGCCAAAGGCCCAAAGAACCCAUUCGAUCAAAUCUAUAACACCCCGUCUGCUUGGAGUCAAGGAGCUUUUGUCACUGCUGCUGUUGAAAGGAAGAAGAAGAGACGUGUUCAGUGGUGGUUGAUCCUGGGGUUGGCCUUGUCUGUGCUGUUGGCUAUCAUUCUUAUUGUCUUCUUUUGCUUCCCUAGAAGCCCAACUAUUCAUGUGAGAUCAGUCCGAAAUUCGACUGCUUCUCCACUGGAUUUGGUCAAGCUGCAAUCAAACCCUGCUAUGGCUUCAUUCAACUUCUCUAUGGGUGUACGAGUCGACAGCUCAAAUUAUCUCACUACAAUUAUUGACGAAAUGACGUGCUUUGCAUAUCAUCCACUCCAACAAACUACUGUGAUUGCCUCGUCAUCAUUCACGAAAUUCUCGGUGCCACCUCAGUCCUCCAGGAAUGCAAAUUCGUCAUUAUACAUUCAACUUGUAUCACCCGCAUCGUCUGGAGCAGCUAUUACAAACUUCUUGGCAAGUUGCGGCUUGGUUGGAAUCAAUUCAAACCAAAGUGCUACAACGCCGACCACUGUCGGUGUAUCUGUGGUUGAUAGGCCACGUAGUAGACUCAUUUUCAAUUGUGCUGCUGUAUGGACCGUUGGUGCGACCACUCUUCGAAAUGAAUUUGGUUCCACUCUGAAUUUCAACUGUCCUGUGCACUUGGAGGGUAUGCCAAAUCUCAACAAGUCGUUCGUCUUUUUAUCAUAA